AUGGCAGGCUCUUUGCAGCAGUUGGUGCGAAAGAGGGGGUACAGAGAGCGCGGUCAGGCUGCGCAUAGGACCCACAAACACAAAACUUUGGAGAAAAAGAAGGACUGGCAGCAGCGGUCGCGGCGCUACAAGCAACAGCAGCAGCUGCUACAACAUCUGUCCGAAAAGGCGAGGACUCGGAAUCCCAAUGAGUUCUGCUGCAAACUACUAAGGGCGCACCAGAUAGGUGGAGGCGCAGAUGGCCUUAAGAGCAAGAAUGCCGGACUGGUGAUGCUGGCGAGGGGCGAUGUUGCCGCGGCGACUGCUGCUAGAUCCCCUGCUGCUGCCGCAGCGGCAGCAGCGGAAGUUCUGCGAACCGCCUCCCGUUCGUCCCUCGUGUCUACGCGAAGCGCCAAGAAGUUGCAGCAUACAAAGAAGCAGCUUGUCAAGGCUCAAGAGAAGGCGGCUUCCGGAGCAGCUGCACUGCUUCAGCUCAAGGAGCAAACACUGAGGCAGCGCGUGAAAAAGCAAGCUGUUACUCUGGGUCAGGGCUUUGUCUGCACGCAAGCUGGCCGGCAGCACCUCAUCCUUCACACUGACUCCGAGGCGUCCGACAGUGACGAAGCUGAAGGAAACACUUCGCAGCAAAUGCAGCGGAAAGCAGCAGCAGAAAGCAUGUCGGACAGUUCCGAGAGCGACUCGGAGUGCCGCUGGUUGGAGCUCGCGAAGAAACCCAGGCAGCAACGCAUAGCCGCAAUGACAGUUGUAGAAGAGAUGGAUGGCGAAGUGGACUCUAAGAGUGAGCAGAGCGAGAGUGAGGAUGACCGGAAAGAGGGCGAAGCGGCGUAUAAACAGAUGCACAGCGCGUUGCUGCAUGCACAACGGCUGCGGCGGCUGCAAUUGCAGCUUCAGCAGCAGCGCGAUAACCAAAAACCGGGGAAGAGGAGGCAAGUUGUGGUGAAGGGGACAGACGGAAAGGAAAUAAAAACCACCAAGUGGUUUAUGGAGAGAAAAAAGUGA